AUGGACCGCGCCGUGGCGCACCUCGGCAACGAGUUCUCCGUGCUGGUGUCCGGGCGACCGUCGCCAGGCAUGCUGCAGAGCGUCGUCGUCGAAGCUUACGGUGGCAAAAUGGAGCUGCGGUCAGUCAGCAACAUCGGCCUGAAGCAGCGGACCCUGGUGGUCACGCCACACGAUGCCGCACUGUCUGAUGCCAUUGAGAGGGCUAUCAACGACAGCAACCUCGACCUGGUCGCGUCGAAGCAGCAGAGUGGCGAGGUCUACGUGCCCGUGCCGCAGCGAACCCCGGAGCAUGUGCAGAACCUCAUCAAGAUCGCGAAGUCAAAGGCCGAGCACCACAAGCAGACCGUUCGCGCGGUGCGGAAGAAGGGCAUGGGGAUGUGCAAACCAAUCGCUUCGAAAGAUGUGCGAAAGGUCGAGGAGACACGCGUACAAGAGCUGUGCGACGAGUUCACCCGAAAGAUUGACGGCAUGCUGACAGGCAAAGUCAAGGACAUCGAGGCGGUGUGA